AUGGCUGCUGCAAUAGAGACAAAACUCUAUGUAACUAAUUUUCCGAGUUCAGCUACUCGACAACAAUUGCAACAAUUUUUUUCUCGAUUUGGUCGCGUACAGGAAUGUGCGAUCAUGUGGAAUUCAUACGCAUUUGUUCACUAUGCGACGAUGGAUGAAGCUCGUCGUGCUCUGGAUCAAUCAAAUGGUGCCAUGUUUCUCAAUCGAAAAUUAAUUGUUCAAUUGUCUACAUCUCGUUUUCGGCCACAGCCAAAAGAAUCUAAUACUGCGAUACCUCAAUCACCUAAAAAGCUCAUGAUUUCAACGUCUCCAUCAUCUAUCGCUUAUCAUCAUUCGAAUGGACUACCGACAACGAUAGCAGCACAGCAGUUAACUCAACAUCCACAGCAAUUUACUUAUUCAGAAAAUAAUAAUAAUAAUAAUAAUAAUUAUGAUAUGAUGACAUCAAAUGGUCUUCAUCAACAGUCAUCAUCGCCGUUAUUAGAGAAUCAGAAUUUAUUUCGUUCUCUAUCGCCAUUAUCUCAGGAGAUGAAUAAUUAUUAUUCACAAUAUUCAAAUAUGCCCAUGGAUCGCAUGACACCAUCGUUAAAAAUUAAUAAUAUAAAAGCAAAUAAAUCAUUGAAAACAGACAUAGGUAAUAAUGGUGAAAUUCCCAAAUUGUAUUGUACGAAUUUACCAGACAAUUGCAAAGCAAGUGAUUUACAAAGUUUGUUUUCGUCAUUUGGUCAUGUUAUUGAUUGUGUUAUUCUAUGGGAUUAUUAUGCAUUUAUUACGUACAAAACUUUCGUAGAAGCCGAAAGAGCCUUAAUGGGAUUAAAUGGAUUUACUUGGAAAGAUCGACGUCUUAUUCUUGAAUGGUCACGUGCAUCAGGUCGGCGACAACAUCAACAAGGAUCGUCACCGCCACCGCUACAGCAACACAGACUUGGUUCAUUUGGUUCUGAAAUUUCAAGUCCACCAUCACCUCGUACACGUCCAACAACAUUAAUUGCUCAUCAAACGGCUUCUAAUAAUCAAUAUUAUGGAAAUAAUUCACCGAAAAUGCUUUCACCACUGCUUCCAUCACCGUUGAAAUCACAAUCACCACAUCAUACAUUCAAUCAAAACCUUGCAUUAAUGUCAAUCAUGCAGCAACAGCAGCAGCAGCAGCAGCCAUAUUUUCAUCAUCAUGCAGCAAAUCCAUAUGGUACAUAUACAAAUGGAAAUAAUAAUAAUAAUAAUAAUGAAAUAUUAUCAAAUGACGAUCAACAGAUAUUUGAAGGUUUAACAAAUUCAUCAUCAAAUCAUCGACUUGACUUAUCAUCAUUUAUUGAUGCGAAUUCUUCAAAUAGCAAUACGAUGUUUUCUUCAUCAUCCGAAUUAAAUACACCAUCAUCAGCUGCAUCAUUAUCCAAUGUUUAUCAACCAUCGGAUAUAACAAAUUUACUUGAACCAUUAUCAUCCAAUGUAUCAACAAACAAUAAAUCCAAUGAAAAUUCACUUAGCGAUAUAAAAAACCUGUCACCGAAUGUACCGCCAUCAUGUUCAUCAGCGGCCGCUGCAGGAGCGGCUGCAUUAUUUCAAGAAAAUUUACUUUCAUCAUUAUUCAAUUCAUUUGAACCGUUUAGUAAAUUAUUUCCCAAUGAUGAUCAAUCAACAUCAUCACGUUACAAUCAUUUUUCACCUUUAUUAACAACAGCGCCCGAUAAUAGUCAUCCAAUGUCCUAUGGUCAUAAUAUUUCUUGGCAUUAA